UUUCCUAAUUAAUAAAUAAACUGUGGUUUUCAAAUAGAAGUAAUGUAAAAAAAUAAUGGGGAUAAAGAUCCGAUGAUGAUGAUAGCCGAGUAUCGAGAGCACAGCUUGCAGGCACGAGACAAUGCAUGGCUACGGAACGUUGGUUGUGUUCUGAAUGCACACCUGCUCCUUAUACUCUCUACCCCCAACCUUUUAAGGAAAGGACGAUAUAAAACUGGCAGGGCGGCCGUUGGUUAAGCCAGUGAGCUUUCGGUGGUCGAACCAUAAAUGUUCAACGUUUAAUUUUUACAGACGACAACGAUCGUCAAUAAUAUUUAAUAACAGAACAAUAUAAUAUAGUAUAGUUAGUAUAUUAGUUUAUUAGUUAUUUAUGAUUUAUUCGAUGAUAAUAGCCGAUUAUCAUAUAGAAAAAUGACCAGAAAAAGCUGGCUAUUGUGUAUAAUAUUCGUAGUGGUCGUUACGCGAGUAGAAAUUUAUGGUGAGGAAAAUAUUUCUGACGCUAUAAGAUCGCUACGGGAACAAGUAAAUGCUCUUCUCGAUCACCGGCAACAGGAUUACAACGCUCUUGAAGCAAGCUUGAAACAUGCGAUCGAGAAAAAUACAGAAUUGUUUGUUCUGAAAAACGAAAUUAAACAAUUAAGAAAAGAAAUAACCUCUCUACACGGUGGUAAUGGAAACGAGGCAAAAAACGAAAAGUUGCGUGUAAGAUGGUUAGGAAGCGCGGUUACCGAACUUCAAGGAGAAGUUGCUGAAGUUCUUCGUACAAGAAAUGUGAGCGAAGAACUUGCCGAGAGAUCCAGAAUGAAAGGUGAACUUGCACUUUUGAAGGGGGAUGUUGCUGCAGUUGGAAAAGGAAUUCGAAAUCUCGGUGGCAGAAUAACCAAGAUCGAAGCUGUCCUCGGAACAAUUCGCGUUGAUAUUGCCGCAAUGAAAGAACGGUUUAGUUUGCUCUUUCGUACUUAUGCCGAUAUUUCCAGCCAGUUGAAUUCAAUCCAAAUCGAAGUAAAGUCUCUUAAAUGCGAUUCCUCUUCAGUUAAUGUGAAUUCCUUGAUUGAACAUAGAAUAAAUGUUGAAAGAGGGGAAGAAGGUAGAGAAAGAGAAAUGGAAAAAAAGACACGAACAGUGACAGCUGGUACGGUAGUGGGAACAGUAUCGUCGUAUUUAGGCGAGUCGAGCACAGGGAAUAGCGAUCCCAAGACUACAGCUGUCGCGUCACACAGUAUUCCUCGACGGAGACUCGUAAGAAAACACUAUUUGAAACAAAAAGGAUAUCGAAUGCGAUUGAAUGAUCGUUUGAAAAGUCUCGAACAUAAAAUUUUUCUCACAAUGAAAGAACGAGUAUCAUUGGAAAAACGUAUUACGAUGUACGAGAAUCAAGAAUGGUCUGGUUUAAACAAACGUAUAAAAAGUUUAGAAAAGGCUCAAAUCGAAUUAUCUCGAAAAAUUUCGAAUAUCAGUAACAAGAACGAAAUUUUCACGAACAAUAUCGAUCAAUCACUCGGCUCACGAUUGUUCGAUUCAUUACGAUCUCUCGAAGACGCCGUAGAAAGAAAUAAUUCGUCUACAAAAUGGGAAUUGAUGCGACUCGGUGUAAAUGCCGCUCAAAAAGCGGCUGAACUUUCGUUAACCAGAGAAGAACUUAACAAUUUACGUCGUACCGUACAAGCUUUAAGCGUCAGUGCGUCUAAACUUCAAGAGAGGAGCGAUAAACAAGAGAAAAUGAUUGAUCGAUUAAAUGCUACUUGUUCGAUAAUCGAUUUUUAUCGAUCUUCGAUUACCUCGACAUUACUGGAAUCGUCAAACGAUACGUUUUCGAAUUUUGAAGAACUCGAAGAUCGAUAUCAUUUAAUUCGACAUAAUUUGACUAGUGAUUGUAUGCAAAACGAACCUAUAAACGAACCUAUCGAUGGAUUAAGACUUUUGGAAACAGGUAAAGAAGGCAGACCGAUAUUAAUUUUUUGUCACGAAGGUUGGAUCGUAAUUGCUCGUCGUAUUGAUGGAACUCUCGAUUUCGAUCGCAAUUGGAAUGAUUAUUCUCUCGGUUUCGGAUCACCGAUCAGUGAAUAUUGGAUCGGUAAUGAAUUCCUUCAUAGACUCACCAAUUCUGAUAAUUGUACCAGUCUUCGUAUCGAUAUGUUAGACAUUUACGGCCAACAUUGGCGUGCUGAAUACGAUUCGUUCAGGAUUGAAUCAAAAGAAAAUGGUUAUAGAUUAAAUGUUAACGGGUAUUCCGGUAACGCGACUGAUGCUCUAUCUUAUCAGAAUGGAAUGGCUUUCAGUGCAAAAGAUCGGGAUAUGGAUACUAGUACGACUCAUUGCGCCAGAAAUUAUCAUGGCGGAUGGUGGUUUAGUCGAUGCCAACACGCGAAUCUGAAUGGAAAAUAUUCUUUAGGUCUAACAUGGUUUCGAUCCGACAUUAAUCAAUGGAUGUCAAUUGCUUCCUCAGAAAUGUCCAUACGCAGGAAUACCGAUUGUCGAUCAUGAUAAUGUUCGAUUAUUGAAUUCCUGUUUUUUAAAUACCAAAGAUUUAUAUUAAUUCUUUUUCUAUCGCAUAAGAUAUUUUAUCAUGAUGUCGUUCAUGCGAUAUUAUAGAUGAAAUAUUUCUCAUUACAAUGUUUCUUAUUAUGACAUUAUGGACGAGAUAUUUUUUAUUAGGAUAUGAGAUAUUUUAUCUAAAAAUUCAUCAAUUUUUUGAAAAGAAAAUUAUUUAAUAUAUAGAAAACAUCAUAAUAUCAGUGAAAAUAAUUUUUUUCCUUAUGUUGCAUUAAUAAUAUUGUUA